AUGGAGAAUAUCUCCGUCCACGAUGAUGGCAAUCUGAGAAACAAGGUUACAGAUGUGGUUUCGAGUGGAGCCUCCAUUAGUAUCUACGAGGCUCUUGAGCUCAUGGAUGUUGGAUCAGAUCAUCUUGAGAAGGGUGUCUAUAAGGUGAGAAACUACGUUGUUAGUGAUAUGUUAUCCGAUUUUUUGUUCGUCUUCCCUUCAAGAUUCAAUCCGCUCUGGAAGAUCUCUCAGGCACAAUAA